GAAACAAGUGAUUCAAAGCUUCUUGAGGACCUUGCAGCCACUCCAUGCAAGGCACAGUUAAAGGCCUUCAGUCCAAAAGAGAACGCAGCCCGACCAGGAACCAUGCUGAUGGCGCGCACAUCCCAGAAACACCCCAUUUCUCUUAUGCCUCGAACAGGUCAGUCACCCCCAACCAGAGACCCUGGCCCAAGGCAACUGGAAGGACGCCAGCAGGCACCAUUAAGCCAGGAGAUCUGCAAGCUGCAAAAUGAACUUGAAGUGUAUAUUCAGAAAAUAGAAGAGCUAGCCAACAGAGGGCAGAAAAUAGAGGAACCACUUGAGCCUGAAGAACAAAAUAAGUUGGAAAUGCGUAGACAGAAGCAUGCGGCCCGCUCAGCACGUAGCAUCUAUACUCUCCAGCAACAGGUAAAAGAGAUACAAGAAGAUAUAGAGAAACUACAAAGCCAGAAAAUGUGGGACGCCAAAAAGUCCAUGGCAGUAAACCGGCUUGCAGCUGCCCACCGUGGGGCACUCAGGGCACUGCAGGCUGUUGUCCAUCAGCUUUCAGGUCUAUCCCACAGCAAGCUACCCCCUCAUUACAAAGAGCUGUGUCAGCUGAUUCGCCAGCUCUCGUUGUGCUCUGCAAAGGUUGAAAUGGACCAGGGUUCAGCUGUGCCUGCGACAGCCCUCAACAUCCUGCAGAAACUAGAGAUUUUGGAUUCAGCACUCAGUAAACAAGAGAAGCUUGAAAAGAUGCAUGCCUGUCCUCAACACAUAAAGUCUCCUCAUCGCAGCAUGCCACCUGCAGGUGCACAGAAGGGUCCUCGCAAACUGUCAAAUUUCAGAAGAGGUGUUCAUGGUAGGAGAAUGCCCCCACAGAAGUCCCAGACUGCUUCUCACCCAUCCAUAAAAAGAAGAGAGGUGCUGAAAGCUGCCUUGGAGCGCCUCACCCAGCAGAGGGAGAUGCUAGAGCUUCAGGGACGACCUGCCUGCAGAAAUGAACUGUACUCUGAGAGGAGAAAGGCGGACAUGAUAUUGAAGUCUAAUGAGGUGCAAGAUGCAGGUUUCCAGCAGCCUACAGUCUCCUCUCAGCUCAGAGUGAACCAGCUCCCUCAAAAAGAGCACUCUGUGCCCUGGAUACCCACAUCUCCUCACUCUCCUCCUCCACAGCGAGCCCCUCAGAGAGGGAGACCAGAGCCCCGUUGUCUCUUCCCUCCAGUGAAGUCCUCACUGAGCCCUCCAAAGCAGAAGGGGGCUGGUGAUGUGGGAGCAGAGCUGGCCUUGAACUCAGAAAAGAAGAAACACGCUCAGGAUGAAGCAUUAAGGAAAGCCUGGCUGGAUAAGGUGACGAUGCAGAGACUGAAAGCUCUCAACCAGCUGAGCAAAGAAGAGGCUGAACGCAUUCAGAGGUUAAGGUCUGAAGUUGUCUCACCAACCCGGUGGGCUGAGAGAGCUGAGCAGAAGGCCAGAGAGAGAAUUCAGCCACUUCUGGACGAAGCACAGCAGAUUGGCGAGUCCAGGAACAGGAUCAGUUCCUCACUGAAGGCUCGGCUGUCUGAGCAGGCUGCACAGAGGGCAGCAGAGAGCGCCGAGCAGCUGAGCGAGGCCCUGCUGGAAGAUUUGUUGGAGGACACUGCAGCGGCAGUGUGGGCAGCUGAAACAAACAGAGAGUUUGAGGGAGAGGCCCAGCGUAGGCUGCACGCCCCCACUCUGGAGAGUAUGCUGCUUCGUGUGGACGAGAUACAGAGGGACCAGGAGGACGUGAGGAGACGGUUUACUUCUAUCACCUAUUCGGACCCACUUUACUGGGACCAGCCUCGAGUGGCAGGACCCCUGUGUAGUGCCGUGGGUUCCAGGCCGUCUUCUCCUCAGCCAAUUAAGCUCACAAGACCAGUAAUGAAGCAGACCUCCGCAGCUGAAAUUGUCCUAGAAAAACCCAUGGAGACUGGUAUCGUCUCUGAGAACAGCCUGACAGAGGAAGGGUCCCAAGAGGAGCAGCAGCCCAGAAGCAGCACCGUGUUCCCAGGCCCUGUUGAAAGAAGCAGAGGGACUCUUAUCUCCGUGCCAGGCAGCAUGCUGAGAAACAUCCGGCGGUACCGGGAAGACUAUGCGGCCUACCUGCGUGCCGUGGCUCAUGAGGCUAUAGGCGGUUUCAAUCCCUGGGCCAUCGCUGACAGCCUGGCAGAUGAGUUACUGUCCGAAGCUCUGGCUGACGUGGCAGCAGAGUUCCAGGAUGUUGUGGAGGAGUACGCCGAGGCCGUCUUCACCUCUGAGUUUCUCCAGCCGGUCCAGUCUGGUCCUCCUGCAGCGUUGGUUAUCCAGUAGCAUUUACAGCAUCGUGGAUGUAGCAGUGUGUUGCAGAUUACUAUAAUAUGUAUUUAUUUUAGUGAAAAAUCAGCCUUUUCAGGCCAGGUUGAUUUUUGUUGAGCAAGAGCUACAGGACGUUUCUAUAGGCUCUGCAGAUUUUAUGACAGGAUAUUUUGUUUUUAUUUUGUUAAAGAUCUGGAAAGGUUUUUAUAGCUCAUUACUUUGAUGUGACAACAUAUGAUUUUAUUUAAUUGAGAUUGUAGGUUUUUUUUUAAUACAGCUGCAGCAGAUGAGAUUGUUGCAUUGCACAGGGAGAAUAAGCCACAUUACUCUUUAUGGUCCACAUGAAUUCAGCUGGGAAAGUUAGACUAGUUUAGAUAAGCUUGAAGACACUAUUAUGACAUUACAGUGGAUUAUAAGAUUACUGUCUUCCCCUUGCACUUGGUUUAAAGCUCCAUGAGGAUUGCUCACACUUUCUGUUUUCAUGUUAUUAUAUGGAAAUUGUAUAUGUUCCUCAGCUUAUCAUAUGCCACCAUGUUUGUUUUGUAAUUUGCUGUAAUUUCUAAAUAAAGGGGCUAAACACAGGA